ACAUUGACAAUUGCAAUUUAGCUAGAAAAAAAAAUACCGGGUAAUUUUCCAGUUUGCUUUGAUUAUUUUAGGAUUAAUUUUUAAUAAUGACUAUAAUUUCAAAAUUAUUACGUGCAAAUAGAUCAAUUGACCUAAUUCCUGUGAGCGUAGGAAUAAAUAAAUUUAGAUGCGGUCGUUGCUAUGCUACGGAAAAAGAAAAGGGGUUAACACAAAGUCAAGAAAGAGCUGAAGUAUCAAGAGAUGUACGGCCCCUGGGUGAAAAGAUUAAAGAGACGAGCAAAACAGUGUCUUAUACUGGUAUCAUAUUGGUUGGUCUAGGAGUUACUGGCAUUAUAUUUUAUUACGUAUUCCGUGAAUUGUUUUCUAGCAAUAGCCCCAACAGCAUAUACUCAGUAGCGCUAGAAAAAUGUAAAAACGACCCAAGAAUAGAAGAAGCCCUUGGUUCUCCUAUAAAAGGUUAUGGCGAAGAGACUACAAGGAGGCGAAGGACCAGAGUCAGUCAUGCCGUCUAUGAAAAGGAUGGAGUUAAACAUAUGAGAAUGAGAUUCUAUAUCAAGGGAAUUAGAAAUAAAGGUGUUGCUGAAUUAGAUAUGAAGCAGAAUGAAUAUGGGAACUAUGAAUGCAGAUAUCUGUUAGUGCAACUAGAUGAUUAUAGUGGAAAAACUUUCAUCAUUGAAGACAAUCGUGCGUUUCUAGAUCAUGCAAAAUCUGAAGCUGGAAGCCAACAGCUGCCUACAUUAACUCUUACACAGUAAAUAGUCUUAGAUAACAUAAUAUUCAACCUGUAGAUAAAUGUAAAUUAAUUAGAUAAGUAUUGUGUAAAUAAAAUUUAUUCCUUA